GCGGCUGCAACAUCGUCGUCGGCAACUCACAAUCGUUGGUCAGUCAGUCAGUCAGUAAGUCAGUCAGUCAGGCACAAUCGAACAAGUCGAUGAAUCGAUCGAUGCGCGAAACUAUCGGCUAUCGGUUCCUCCGAAUUCUCGGUUCACGAACUUUCUCUACUGACGAGUGCGUUCACCUCGUUCGACAGCUAGCGACGUAGUGUGUAAAAGUGAGUUACAAUCGAUCGAGUGCCGAAACUGAGGGCAAUCUGUUUUAAAAGGGGCAAUUCUGUGAUUUCAUUGAACACUGUGGAGAUUUGUGUACGAGCAGAAUUUUGCAAACGAAUAACAGAAUGUAGAAAGUGAAUUGUUAUCGUUCGAGAGCGCCGAGGGAGAGAUAGAAUCGACGGGAUUCAAAGUGAACCAAAUGGUGCCACCACGUUGUGAACGAACGAUAGAAGAACAUUAAUUAGGUACGUUGAUCAACUUUAAUUGUCUAACCAAGGAAAGAAUUUUCGUGGCUGAAGAAACGAUUUCAUAGAAGUAGAAUGAGGAACAAGUGCACGUGAACAAAAUCGACAUGCAAUAUUUCGAAAUGCAUUCCACGUUGAUAUUGGCGAACGUCGCAAAAAGGUGAUUGGUAACUAUUGGUUGUCCCACAGAAGUAGUUGUGGGAGAAGGAUCGAGAAUGGUGCUGAACACGUCUUUCAUGUGUGUUACGACCCUGGCGUUAGCAUCGGCAGCCUUGAUCGCCACGAUAAACGCGAACCCAUCGUACUACGUGAAGCCCAUCGAGGACGAGAACGAUUACGCUCGCGUCCUGGAGCUUUCGCUUUUGUUUUACGAGGCUCAACGAUCGGGAAAGCUGCCGGGGAACAAUCGGAUCCCAUGGAGAGGUGACUCGGCGCUCGACGAUCGAGGACUGAACGGGGAAGAUUUGAGCGGAGGCUAUUAUGACGCUGGCGAUUUCGUGAAAUUCGGCUUUACCAUGGCCUCGGCGACUACCCUUCUAGCAUGGGGUGCAAUCAGUUGGCCAGAAGCUUACAUCGCGGCUGGCCAACUCGACGAACUUCGCAAAGCUAUUAAAUGGGCUACCGACUACUUCAUUAAGUGCCACGUAAGCGAAUAUGUCUUUUACGGGCAGGUCGGCGAAUUCUUCUUGGAUCACACGUUCUGGGGAAGACCAGAAGAACUCAAUACCACUAGACCUGCUUACAAAAUUGAUCCAGAGCAUCCAGGAUCGGACCUCGCAGGCGAAACCGCUGCUGCCCUCGCUGCAACCAGCAUAGUUUUCCGCAACCACGAUCCAGAAUACAGCGACAAAUGUUUAAAACACGCAAAGGAAUUGUACAAGUUUGCCAAUAGAUAUCGCGGCCUUUAUAACGAAGCGAUCCCUGGAGCAGCACUGUAUUACGAAAGUACGGACUACGGCGACGAGUUGGCUUGGGCGGCGCUGUGGUUGUUCAAGGCGACGAACAACACGAUGUACUUCGAGGAGGCCGAACAUCAUUAUCAGCAUUUCCAUCUCAAAGAGAGGCCGAACGAAUUCUUUUACAAUAAGAAAGUCGCUGGCGUUCAGAUGCUGUUGGCCCAGAUAACAGGACAAUUGGAAUACCAAAAGGCAGCCCGUGCUUUCUGCGAUUUCUCGGUGCGCCAGCAAAAACGUACGCCGAAGGGAUUGGUUUACAUCGACAAAUUCGGUACCCUCUGCCACGCGGCGAACGUGGCGUUCGUUUGCCUGCAGGCGGCUGAUUCGCACGGUAUCGGCGAUCCCCAGGAAUACCGUCAAUUCGCCGAGCAACAAAUUCACUAUAUGCUGGGAGGAAGCGGCAGGAGUUACGUAAUCGGUUGGGGCCGAAAUCCUCCGAAGCAGCCUCAUCACGUAGCCUCAUCGUGCCCCGACAGGCCAGCCCCUUGUGGAUGGUCCGAACUCGACAAGAACGCGCCGAAUCCUCAAAUCCUUUAUGGUGCCCUGGUCUCUGGCCCCGACGAAGCGGACAAGUUCCACGAUCGUCGAGAGGAUUACGUGUACACGGAAGUCACUGUGGAGUACAAUGGAGGAUUCACGAGCGCUCUGGCCGGAUUGUUACAGCUGCGAGUUAAAAGCACCACGUAACGCGCGAUAACAGCCCGCCACUUUUGACCACGAGGUCGAGAAAUUAAUUGGACCUCUGACCUCACAAUAAUCAUCGAACUAGACUUUUUCGUGAUUGUGUCGGAGGAAAUUCUGCAACUUUCCAACGAAGGAUCUUUAGGACUUUUUUUUUUAGGAAGCACCGUUUCUCCAGUAUUUUUUGAGACAGUGAAAAAAUUAAUAAUUAGAUUGUGAAUGUUUGUACAUUCUUAUCUAGCAGAUUGAUGGAGUUCUACGUUCUUGAUCAUAUAUCUUUAUUUAAGAUUUCAUGCGUGACGAAUGGAAAAUUCAAACGAUUGAACGAUCACAUGUAAUUUAUUUAUCGACUUAAAGGUGUAUAUAAUAUAGCAGUAAGUUUAAUAGAAGAAAGUUUUCGUUUAAGAAUUGAAUGUAAUAUUCGUUUGAUAGUUGGUGUAGUUAAAAAUAUGUUCAGUUAAAACAGUCGGGUAAAAAUUAGACGUGUAAUAGAUAUGUACAUAUAUUCUCGUUGAAAAUUCGAAAGAUUAAAUUAGGAAAUGGGAAGCUUAUUUAACGCUUUUUUAUUCUUUAGAGAAGCAUUUAAUUAUUGCAAUUAAUUGAGUAAUUUAAAUAAUUUGCUAAUUCACCAUGUUGUACAUAAUAUUCCUCAAAAUUGGAAACUAGUUCCCUCGUUUUAUUUAACGGUAAUAUAUGUUAACUAUAAUAGUUAUUUAAUAAUUUUAUGAAUAUAUGUGAACUAUAAUAGUUAUU